CACGCCCUUCUUGAAAUUCCUGUCGAGCGCACGUAAGCAGAGCUGCAAUGAAGACAGGUUUUGUGCUGUGUUUCUGCCUUGGCAUCGUCUGCCUGGUAGCCGCCGACGAGGCCGAAGAUGUGGCAAAGCUCAUCGAGCAGAACGUGCGCGAAAAUGCUGGAAGUGAUGAACUUGCGGAGAGAAUACUGGCAAGCGGGAAGCUUAUUCAGGAAUGCGCCGCAGAACACAAGGAAGAUGGCAUCGAACUGCUUAAAAAGUUCACUGUGCCCGUGUCUAAAGAGGGAACGCGAUGCGUCGCAACUAAAUCUGGAAUUACAGACGCCGCAGAAAGAGACGCUGCUGAGAAAGAAUGCUGGCGGGAAGCUUCAAAGCGUCAGGAGGAAGCAACUCCACUAACAGAGAAAGAAACUGCCAUCUACGACGCCAUCAAGGUUUGUUUUCUUCCAAAACUGGCUGCGCUGGAUGCUAGCAGCCCUUGAAGAGCAGCAACAGCCCACGAGCGUUAACCAAGUUUAACUACUUGUACUGCUUGACCGAGGUGAAUAAAGGGGAUCCUUGCGGUGUUUAUCGCUUUUGAAUGUUCAAUAAACACCAUGAACCAGAAAA